AUGGAGUCGAAGGCUAUCCUCUGCUGCACUGUAGCUCUGAUCGUUUUGUUUCUGCCAUUGAGUGCUUCCGACGACCGGCUUGUCCCCGGUAAGCCGCUAUCCCCUGGCACAACCAUCGUCUCUGAGGGUGGCAUGUUCGCCUUGGGCUUCUUCAACCCCUCCAACUCCACUCCAGCCAAGCUGUACCUUGGCAUAUGGUACAACAACAUAUCUGAGCUCACAGUUGUUUGGGUUGCCAACCGUGAAACCCCAAUCUCCAAUAACACUUCCUCUGCACCGAUGCUCUCCCUCACCAACACCUCCAAUCUCAUUAUCUCCGAAGGUAAUAGUGACGGCCGUGUCCUUUGGACAACGGCCAACAUAACCACAACCAUUGGCUCGUCUUCCUCAACGGCGGUGCUUUUGAACACCGGCAACCUCGUCAUCCGGUCGGCAAACGGUACCACGUUGUGGCAGAGCUUCGACCACCCCACGGACACGGUCCUCCCCAGCAUGAAGUCCCGAAUCAAAUACAGACCGGGCGACACUGGUGAUCGUCUAGUAUCCUGGAAGGGCCCCGGCGACCCUUCACCGGGGCGCUUCUCCUUCGGUGGCGGCCCAGACACACCCCUCCAAGCAUUCCUGAGGGACGGGGAGAGCUUGAUGAUCCGUAGCAACCCAUGGACGGGGAACCAAGUGUUUAGCUUUAGCAAAGAACAGCUAGUAGGGGCAAUCAACGUUAGUGAUCUUAUCAUGUACAUGGCCAUCAUCGACAAUGGUGAUGAGAUCUAUGUCACAUAUAGCCUCUCUGAUGGCGCCCCACCCACAAGGAUAGUGUUGACCUAUUCUGGUCAGUAUCUGAUUCAGAUCUGGAGCAGCAUGUCCUCUAUCUGGGUUGCCGUUUCGAUCUGGUCUGCUGAAUGCAAUCGCUAUGGAUACUGUGGCCCGUAUGGCUACUGCGACGAGACAGUGGUGCCGACCCCAACUUGCAAGUGUCUAGAUGGCUUCGAGCCAGCAAACAAGGAGGAGUGGACUAGUGGCAGGUUCUUGGCGGGGUGCCGGCGGAAGGAGCUGCUGCAUGGGUGCGGCAGUCGCUACUUGGCCAUGUUGGGGAUGAAGUCACCAGAUAAAUUUGCGCUCGUCGGAGGGGGCAGAAGUACGUCUGACGAGUGUCUGGAGGAGUGCAACCGCAACUGCUCCUGUGAGGGGUAUGUGCAUCGCAAUGUCAGUAGCAGCAUGUCCGGAGGAGCUGCGACAAUGUGCUUGCUGUGGGCUGGGGAUUUGAUUGACACGGGAAAAUUACGCGAGAACGGUGGGGAGACGCUCUAUCUUCGACUUGCAGGUAAAAGACGAAAAGGCAAUGCAAUUAGGAUUAUGCUGCCAGUUCUAAGCAGUAGUUUUCUCGUACUCGUAUGCAUCUCUCUCGCAUGGUUAAAAUGCAAAGGCAAGAAUAAAAAUUGGAGAAAGCACAAGAAUAUAAGAUUGGAUGGUCUAAGUACCUCCGAAGAACAUGGCGGAGAAGGCCCUCUGCAUGAUCAAGAUUUUCCAUUCGUCAGAUUAGAAGAAAUUGUUCUUGCGACCCACAGUUUCUCUGAAGCAUGUAAGAUUGGACAUGGAGGAUUUGGCAAAGUUUACAAGGGACUAUUAGGUGGUCAAGAAGUCGCAAUCAAGAGGCUAAGUAGAGAUUCUCAACAAGGAACAACAGAAUUCAGGAACGAAGUAAUUCUAAUUGCAAAAUUGCAACAUAGAAACUUGGUUCGACUUCUUGGGUGUUGUGAUGAAGGAGAUGAAAAGCUCUUGAUAUAUGAGUAUCUUCCUAACAAGAGCUUAGAUGCAACCCUUUUCAAUGACACAAGAAAAUUGUUGUUGGAUUGGGCAACACGGUUCAGUAUAAUCAAAGGGGUUGCAAGAGGGCUUCUAUAUCUUCAUGAAGACUCAAGGUUCACCAUAAUUCAUAGGGACCUAAAAGCUGGAAAUAUUUUGCUAGAUGCAUAUAUGAAACCCAAGAUAGCAGAUUUUGGUAUGGCGAGGAUCAUUGGUGAUAACCAGCAAAAUGCAAAUACCCAACGCGUAGUUGGAACAUAUGGUUACAUGGCUCCUGAGUAUGCAAUGGAAGGUGUCUUCUCUACCAAAUCUGAUGUCUACAGCUUCGGCAUAUUACUAUUGGAGGUUGUAACCGGUAUAAGGAGAAAUUCCAAUUGUGAAACCAUGGGAUUUUCCAGCCUCGCAGUUUAUUCAUGGAACAUGUGGAGCGAACAGAAGACCGAGGAACUGCAAGACUCAACUAUCAUAGAUACUUCACCAGAUGAAGUUCUUCUUUGCAUCCAUGUAGCACUCUUGUGUGUGCAGGACAACCCAGAAGACAGACCACUCAUGUCAUCUGUUGUGUUCGUCCUAGAGAAUGGAAGCAGCACACUUACAUCCCCCAAUCGCCCCGCCUACAUUUCACGACGAAGUACUGAAGUGGAUCAAAUAAGACAAAAUAUUCAAACUUCUGUCAGUACUUUUACUCUUACUGAGAUAGAGGGGCGAUGA